AUGCCUCCGCAAACUUCAAAAGCUCUUGUAGCUCUCAAUUAUUACGGCCGCUAUGCUACUAAAAAAGAAUACGACCGCGCCUUUCAAGAAGCGCGCGAUUGGGCCUUAGAAGAUAUGGAAACCGAUAAUGAAGGAGUAAAACGACCGAAAAGCGAAUGUGCUGCCACGUCAGCACGUAUAUUCGGAGUCAAAGAACCUGCCUUACGAAAAGCUGAGCUUGGUUUGGGAGCAACUCUUCUAAUGGUACGCGCUGGAAUCAAUCACUUGAGAGCACCUUCUCUUUCUCUUGUAUCACAAUCUUGGUUCAAAGAUUGGCUCCGCCGAAACCCCGAUCUUUAUACAAUCAAGACCAAACCAAUCGAGCGCGUUAGACUCGAAUCGCAUACCGAGGAGGAGAUAAAGAAAUGGUUCGAAGAAUUGCAAAAGGAUAUGGUUCUCUACAAUAUCAACAUUCCGAAAAAGCUUUUGAAUAUGGACGAGUCGAGAGCGCGUAUUGGAUGUCCGCCGAGAGAGACUGUGAUCGUUCUAAAAGAAGUCAAAGAAAUGUAUACAAGCUCUCCAAACAAUCGCAAAUCGAUUAUAAUCAUUGAAAUUAUUCGAGCAGACGGCAAAAAGACUCUUCCGCUAUAUAUCAUUACACCGAGCAAGAAGAUUAUAGAGAAUUGGAUUACGGAUGAGCUUACAAGUGACGAAACGAUUGAUUGCUCUCUUACAGGAUAUAUUAAUUACUAG